AAAGAGAGAAAUUAAAGGAAAAAAAGGGAGAGAGAAAGCAUCUGUGGCUACUUUCUGAGAGAGAGGGAAAAAAAAAAAGAGAGUAAAGAGCAAAGCAACAAAGUUGCAGAGUGAGUGAUUGUGUAUCUGUGCUUCCUUUUCUUUCUUUCUUCUUGGUAAGAGAAGAGAGAGAGAGGCGGUGUUUGAUUUGACCAAUCCAUACCCAUUCCCAUGGAUCAGUAUGAGAAAGUGGAAAAAAUUGGUGAAGGAACCUACGGAGUGGUCUACAAAGCUCGUGAUCGUGUCACCAAUGAGACCAUUGCUUUGAAGAAGAUCCGUUUGGAGCAGGAAGACGAGGGCGUACCCAGCACUGCUAUCCGAGAAAUUUCUCUCUUGAAAGAGAUGCAGCAUGGUAACAUUGUCAGACUGCAGGAUGUGGUGCACAGUGAGAAGCGCCUUUACUUGGUUUUUGAGUAUCUAGACUUGGAUUUGAAGAAGCACAUGGAUUCUUCUCCUGAAUUUGCUAAUGAUCCACGCCUAGUUAAAACAUUUCUUUAUCAAAUUCUCCGUGGCAUUGCUUACUGCCAUUCUCAUAGAGUUCUGCAUCGAGAUUUGAAACCUCAGAAUUUGCUUAUUGAUCGCCGUACCAACGCGCUGAAGCUUGCAGAUUUUGGACUGGCUAGAGCAUUUGGUAUACCUGUUAGGACAUUUACACAUGAGGUUGUUACCCUGUGGUAUAGAGCCCCUGAAAUUCUGCUUGGAUCUCGCCAUUACUCGACUCCAGUUGAUGUGUGGUCAGUGGGAUGUAUAUUUGCUGAGAUGGUGAACCAGAAGCCAUUGUUCCCAGGGGAUUCGGAGAUUGAUGAACUAUUCAAAAUUUUCAGAAUCUUGGGUACUCCAAAUGAGGACACCUGGCCUGGAGUUACUUCUUUGCCCGACUUCAAGAGUGCAUUCCCUAAGUGGCCUUCUAAGGAUUUGGCAACUGUAGUUCCAACUCUUGAAAAAGCUGGUGUGGAUCUUCUCUCUAAAAUGCUUUUCUUGGAUCCCACUAAAAGAAUUACCGCCAGGAGUGCUUUGGAGCAUGAAUACUUCAAGGAUAUUGGUUUUGUACCUUAAAUGCCAUUUCUCAUCUUCUUUUUCAAGACAUUUCUGUCUGUAUCGAUGUGCAGCACUCAAUGGGCUCUGAUUUUGUCCCAAACAAGCGUGGUUUCAUUACUUUCUUCUUGGCAUUGAACUGAUUAAAGUACCCCUUUUUUUUUUUUUUGGUUUGCAAGCUUGCUUGUAAGUUGUAACAGACUUCACAGUCUUUGCGUUGCCUAGCAUCAUCUAUUUGAUUUCAGUUUGCUCU